CGCAUAUCCACCACUCCCCCCACACGCAGACAAAUAACAUCCUGCCUCUCCCGAGACAUCAAACAAGUCGUUCUAAUGGGAAAAUCGCAAUCCAAGUUAUCUUCUGAAGAGCUGGCCGAGCUCCAGAAAAACACUUAUUUCGACAAGAAGGAACUCCAACAAUGGUACAAAGGCUUCCUCAAGGACUGUCCUAGUGGUCAACUCAACAAGGAAGAGUUUAAGAAAAUCUACCGACAAUUCUUUCCUUUCGGUGAUCCUAGUCAGUUCGCAGAUUACGUCUUCAAUGUGUUUGACGAAGACAAAUCUGGCACAAUAGAAUUCAAGGAGUUCAUUUGCGCCCUUUCGGUCACCUCUCGAGGUCGUCUUGACGAAAAACUCAAAUGGGCGUUCCAACUGUAUGACAUUAACCAAGAUGGUUACAUCACCUACGACGAGAUGCUUCAGAUCGUACGAUCUAUUUAUAAAAUGACUGGACAAAUGGUCCAGUUGCCAGAGGAUGAAGAUACCCCCGAAAAGCGCGUCGACAAGAUCUUUAGGAACAUGGAUCUGAAUAAGGACCAUCGACUGACAUAUGACGAGUUCAAGGAGGGCUCCAAGCAGGAUCCUACCAUCGUACAGGCUUUGUCACUGUACGAUGGGUUGGUGUAGAAGAGGCUGCAGAGAACACAAGUUCGGUUUGAAAUAUUGAAUUUUAGGAUAUGAGAUAGACUGGAUCGGGUCUUGCCUGACCUGCAUACACUUAUUUAUUAUCCAUAUGUAUGUGUACUACCACAGCUUCUCGAGCUGAAGUUGAGCAAAGGAAAGGUGCAUUCGACUUAUUUAUAAGAUAAGGCCAUCGUCGAUGGCAUGCAAAUUAUGAUACAGUCUACUUUGAAAACAAUGAUUUCUCUUUUGAUCUACGCUAUAUUCUUUUCGACGCCUUUGCUUCUUCUGCUUUUCUUAUCUUA